AUGGCGGAACAGAAGCCCUGCGCACCCGGAGGUGCUCCGGCGCGAGCCCCCGCGUGCUGCCGCCGCCGCCCUCGACGUCGCUUUUCGUUUGCGGUGCCACCAGCGCCGCGCCUGCUCCUUGUGCUACUAGCACUGCUCCUUCCGUCCGUGCUCUUGCCGCGCGACCAACUGCAGCGCGCAACGGCACAGUUUCCUGGCGGCCUCUUCGAUCCGCUGUAUGAUUCGUGCAUCCUGAGAAAUCUGAAUUGCCUUGCUAACGAGUACACCUGCUACACCUACAACACCUCCUCCGUCUACAACUGCUCCUGCAACUUCAACUCCGAGGAGUCCUCUCAGUGCACCAAAUGGAAUGGGCCGGCGAUCCAGUGCACGGACCCUAGUAAUUCCAGCCCUUGUCUGCCGGGCCUCUGCCGCACCAACAGCACGUCCUUCCUGGGCUGCGACUGCCCCAAAGGCUUCUUCCAAACCGCCACUGCUGCCUUCUGGCCCUACUGCGCUCCCC